GAAUGUAAGUAAGUGGUAUUCCAAGAUGGCGGCUUUGUUGCAGUGAUGUGCUGCAUUGGGCACUCCCUUUAGGUAAAUAAAGCAAAAUUUAUCAAAGGAACCUAUACCAAAGAACAACAAACAUAUCUCUUCCGAUUUCUAAAUCUCUUGGUGCCCAAUACGUAAAGAGCUAGCACACACUGCACAUCUGAGGUACUAUUGGAGUGUACAGCUUGGACAACAAUACCACUGCAUAUCAAAGCAAGAACAACUCAACAAGUCCAAUGUCUGUUAAAAAGAUGAAUAGUCCUCAGUGGAAGAAAUUCCAGCCGCCAAGCCAGGAUCCUGCCAUCUUGUCUUUCCAUCAGGGCUCUAACACAAACUAUAUUCAACCAGCUGGCAGCAACAAUGUGAGAGAAACUGGAAUAAUUGAUAAACUUCAGCAUUCCUAUGGAUUUAUUCAGUGCUGUGAUAGAAAUGCUAGGCUGUUUUUCCACUUUAGUGAAUAUGGUGGUAACCUGGAUGAUAUCAAAAUUGGAGAUGCAAUGGAAUUCCAAAUGUCCUAUGAUCGACGGACUGGAAAGCCAAUUGCUGUAUCUGUUAUUCGAGUUGAUUCGUCUAUGGUGACAUCAGAAAUACUCAGUGAAGAAACAUUUGUGGGAAGUGUGGUUCAAGAAGCAAAACCUUCAACAAAAUCAAAAAAUGGUUAUCCUCUGAACUCACAAGACGGGUUUGGCAGAGUGACAUAUGAACACAACGGCGAAUGCUUCUUUCUGCCAUAUAGCAUGGAUGAUAUUUCAGACACCACCACCAAACUGCAGCCAGGAGAUCAAGUCAGCUUUUAUAUUGCAACAGACAAACGGAAUGGAAACAUAAGGGCACGAAAACUGCGACCUCUUCAGCCACCACCUCAGAAGCGCUACGAAGGUGUUGUCUGUUCCUUAAAGGAAACGUUUGGCUUCAUUGAGCGGUCAGACAUCGUGAAAGAAAUAUUCUUUCAUUACAGCGAAUUUAAAGACAACAUCAAUGAACUGCUCCUGGGGGAUGACUGUGAAUUUUCUGUUCAAAACAGAAAUGGUAAAGAGGUAGCAGUGGACAUCAAAAGACUAGCAGAGGGAACGGUUAUCUUUGAAGACAUAUCUUUGGAUAGAAUCAAAGGAAAAGUGCUGAAGACACUCCAGAGUAAUAUGAACAAGAGAUACAGUGACCCCCUGGGAGGAAGAAUCAUAUAUGAAACACCAAAGGGAACUGUGGAUAUUCCAUAUGGAGACAAAGACCAGAAAGGGGACUACACUUUACAGCAAGGGGACUUUGUCGAAUUUAGUAUUGCUACCGAUCGCCGGGACAAGUUACAACGAGCCACCAAAAUUGUCCUGUUGGAUGAAACAUUUGAAAAAACUGGAGAGCCACGUGAAACGGGUGUGGUGGUGAGUUUAAAAGAUGGGUAUGGCUUCAUACAGUGUGCUGAUCGAGAUGCCAGAAUGUUCUUCCACUUCAAUGAACUUCUUGACCCAGAACACCAAACCAAAGUACAAGAUGAAUUUGAAUUCUUAGUUAUGCAGGAUCCUGCAACACCCUCCAGGCAAAUUGCAGCAAGAAUCAAAGUUCUUCCAAAAGGAGCUGUGUCUUUCCUAACGAUUCGCCCAGAGAAAUACAUCGGAACUAUUGACCGGGAACCAUCACCGCACCAAUCAAAAUCUAAAACCAAAGAUGGAGAUUCUGGUAAUAUUAUAUUCGACUUUGAAGGAGCAAUUCAGUCCAUAUCUUAUACAAUGGAGCACUUAUUGGAUUUGAAAAACAUGCCAAGAUAUGGUGACAAGGUUGAAUUUAGUAUUGGAGAACAGAAACGAAACAACCACCGACAGGCAGUAAACGUGAGGGUUGUCCUCAAGAAUAUUACUGGAAAAUGCCAAGGAUUUAUUGCGACACUGAAAGAAAACUAUGGCUUCAUUGAGAACGCAGACCACGACAAGGAAGUAUUCUUCCACUAUAGUUCGUUUGAGGGUAAUAUUGACGAUUUGGAGCUUGGGGAUGAAGUUGAAUACAUCUUAGCUAGGAAGAGUUCUAAACUUAGUGCUGAAAAUAUUAAAAAGUUACCUAGAGGAACAAUCAUCCCAGAGGAAAUAGUCAGGGAGAAAGGGGUACUUCAGGGUCGUGUUGUGCGUCCCAUGAGAAUUGUGAACCCAGAUCAAGAAGAGUACAGUGGACUUGUAGAAAUUAUUUGUGAUGAGGAUGAGAAUGCUGAACGUUAUCAGUAUGGAAUCACCAGCUUGGCUGACAAAAGGGAUUUCCUGCAAAAAGGGGAUGCUGUGAAAUUCCAUGUGGCUGUUGUUAAGGCAACAGGGCAGCUGAGAGCAGUAAACAUUGCUGCCAUCAGAAAGUAUGUUCGAGCGAGAGUCGAUUCUAUAAAAGGACAGUUUGGCUUCAUAAACUAUGAAGCAUUGGAAGGCAAGAAGCUCUUUUUCCACAUGACAGAGGUACAUGACGGUGUAAACAUUCAACCUGGGAACGAGGUCGAGUUUGUUGUUGUCCAGAACCAGAGAAACGGAAAGUACUCUGCUUGCAGUGUUAGGAAAAUCACGGAUACUCAAAGACCUGAACGUCUCAUCAGUCGCUUGAAGAGUGUAUCGGAUGAUGCGGGUCCACGCCUUAUUGUCAAACGACAACCAAAGGGACCCGACAACACUCAAGGAUUCACACAACCAAGAACUCUUUGGAACCCUCCAGUCUAAACAAAAACUAAAAUUCCUACCAACCAAUGGAAUAUUGAUUCAUCUUUCAGAGUUAAACUAAAAUCUUGUAUUUUGGAAGAUAAAAAUGCCAUCCAUGUUGUCUCAAAAUAAAAUGGGUAAAACAUUGUUGGCCAUUUUAUUAAGAAGGCUCAUAAUUUUAUCCAAAAAAAGAAACAAACUUGAUAAGCUUUUAGAAAGAGCAAAAGAGUCGACCUCCAAUAACUUACUGGAUGUUAGUUUUGACAGUAUGACAUUGGAACAAAUACUAACUCAAAUAAGACCAAAAUAAUAUACAACAACAACAAAAAUCUCACUAAAAAUUUACAAAAAGUACAAAAUAAAAAAUAAAAAUCUCAAACAACAAAAAAAAAAAAAAAAAAAAAAAAAAAUACCAAAAAAAAGUCUUUCAAAAAAUGUUCAGUGGCCUUGGCAGCAUGUAUCAAUUCCAAAAACUGAAUCUUAAUGCGACAAACAAUUUGUCAAGACUGAUGAAUGAAUUAAAUAAGACAUCUACAGACAAUAACUGUUUGGCAGCAUUGAUUUUCUUUUGUGAAUUGAUUCAUGCAGUUCACGUAUACGCUUGUCGUUUGUUACAUGUCUAGUGAUUGUCUUAAUGUGAAAAUGGAGUUCUGUUUGACAGUACUAUUAAUUUGCUUGUGGGACUGACUGGGAAAAAAAUCAUGUCUAAAAAAUUUUACAAUGGGUUUUUUUCAUGUGCAAUUUUCUCUCUAUCUUUAUUCUUUUUUCUUUUUUUUUUCCUUCUAAAUUUGCACUUUCAGUUAUAUUUAUGUAUUGAACACUGGAUUUUUAUGGUGUCAGUAUUUUACUCUUCUUGUUUUUUUCUUCAGUUUUUACAAUUUUGGAUGUUAUCUGACACCUUUAUGUAAUCAUAAUGCUUUGUUUGCACUUUUCAACAGGAUGCAGCAUUGAUAAUCUUUCUUUUUAAGAAUGCAUCUUGUAUAUCCAAGGAUUUUUAUACUUGGUCAAACUUGCAUUUAAAAAAAAUUAAUAAUUUAAUGUACUAUAAGGCAUGCUUAAAUGCUACAUGAAUGCUUUGUUUUUGUUAUCUGUGCUUAGCACAAACAUUUAAACAUUCAUGUGGUUAUCACUAUGGUAUUUUUUUUCUUCUAAAUACUGAUUAUUUUGUGUGUUGUUUGCUUGAUUAUAUCUUUUGUAAUCCACUCCAAAAUUGAAAUGUUGCCUGUAAGUAGUCUUUAAAGAAUAUCACUGUUAAAGGGGGUUGACUUGGUGGUUUGGUUUUUUUCUUCUUAACUAGCAAGUCAUUGUCAGAAUCUUAAAUGUGUUGUAAGAGUAAAACACAUUUAAUAUUAAAAAAAUAUUAAACAGUUUUUCUGGUCAAUUUGAUGUUUGUAAUAACAUGAAUUGCAGUUUUCAUAUUUAAAAAAAUGCACAUGCCUCUGAGACGUAAGGGUUAUAGAGACGAGUUCUAGUUCUUUAAGGGUAUUUUAACGUCACAACCUUAGUGUUCAUUUUUAUGGGUUGAAACUAGGGUCUGCGACCUUAAAAGGACAUUUUGGUACUUGCAAGAGAGUCAUUUACAUAUCUUGGUAAUCUGCUUAGGGAAUACCACACAUCCAUUUGCAAAUAUUACUCUUUGGAAUAGAUAAAAUCACCAUCUUAAAAAUUGGCCACAGUUCAACCUUUUGGGAGAACAGUGGAACAAAUUUGUAUUGUUAAUGGAGUGCUUUUAAGACAACAAAUUUAAAAAUGGUUUGAUGGAAAGAAUGUUGUCAUGUGUAAUCUCAUUUUCUGCUUCAGAUUUUUAGGUUCUUGCUAAGAACAGUAACUUCCUUGACACAAAUAAGAGAAUCAAAAAUCAUUAUUUUCAAUUUAAAAAAAAUAUAUAUAUAUAGUAAAAUAAUAAACUAUGGAAAAGACUGGUUUUUAUUUUCUUUGAAACAACCUUUUGGUACAGUUUAGUUAAAAACAGUCAUAUAUGUCAAAAUUAGGAUAUGUUUGACAUCGAUAGCCGAUGAUUAACAAAUCAAUGUGCUUUAGUGGUGGUGUUAACAAAAUAAACUUUAAAAACAGUCAUAUAGUUCUCCCAAAUCUUUCUACUGAGAAAACAAAAUGAGUCUUGUAGUAUCAUAUUUAAGGAAAUUGCAUUAAAACUAUGUACAUAGGAAUAUUUGUACAACAGUUACAAAUACAGGUGAAUCAUAAUGUUGAAGAGAUAAAAGGAGUGGUGUAACAAUUACAUUACUGUGUGCAAUAAUCUUUUCUGUGAUUGUAAUACAGACAUACUUGAAAAACAAAUUGUGAUAGCAGUUUCCAAUUCACUAUUAAAUUGAAAACCGAAAACAAACCAGUUUACAUUAACAGAGUAUUGUAGCUUGUAAAUGAUGAAGAUGGGCAUAUUUAAUGUAAACAUAUUGCAUUAAGUAUUAUUAUGUUGUCGUGCAGAAACAUUUUAGUACUACCUUAUGAUAUUAACCCAUGUUAUUUACAGUUAUUGUUGUUAAAUAAUGUGGAUAGGGAAGUCAAGUUAUUAUUUAUUAAGUUCUUUUUUUUACCCCUCUAUUAUGAUAUGUUCAGAUGCAUUUUCUGUGAUGUAUUUUCCUCUGGGUUUUUUUGUUUUUUUUUCAAACAAACAUCCUUGUUAUAAAAAAAACUACUUGUAUUAUGUUAAAUGUUUUUGUGUUCUAUUUAUGUUGGUUUUUCACAAAAUCAAAAUUAACUGAUAUUCCAGAAUACCAAUGUUUAUUUGUUUUACUCGUAGAAAACAAGUAGAGGGCCGAGGUAUGUAGUGUGUGACAAAAAAUGUUUUGGAAGUAUUGCUUCUCUUUGUUGAAUAAUUUCAGAAAGAUUUGAUAAUACUUGGACCUAACAUACGCGUAUGGUGAUCAAGGUUAUAAUUGUGUACAGACCUCGAUGGAAAGACAGGGGUUUGCCUGUAAACAGAAAAUGAAUUGAAAGAUUUUUCGCCAGGCUUGCCUGAACAAAAUAAAAGUAACUAAAGCA